GGAAAAAGCUCUAAUGACUUAAAAUGGCUUCACCUGGUGACCGUGUCAGGAAAGCUGCUGGAACAAACAUGUUACUGCUGCUCUGUGUGUGCAUGCUGUCAGUCAGUGCUGUGCCUGCAGGUAAUCAGAGCCACUAUGUUACCAUUAGCCCUGCCACAGGCAAUCUUACAGCAGAGGCUAUGCUGUCACAACCAGAUGGGAUGUCUUUGAAUGCAACACAAAAUACAGUAACUCUCAUCCAAGAUCCACUGAAAGAGCAACAAAGUGCAGAAACUGUAGAAGGUCUCAAUGACGACAUGAGGGUCCAAGAAGGAGACAUUUUGACGCAGCCCCAGGAGGACAGAAACGCAGUGAAACGUGUGUGGCAGGAUGCCACAAUGCCUUAUGUCAUCAGUCGUGCGCUGAAGUAUCGAAAGGCAGACAUCCUCAGUGCCCUUAAGAUGAUUUCUGAUGUUACCUGUAUUCACUUCAAGGAGCACAGUAAUGAGAUGAGCUACAUCAGGUUCACGAAAGGCAGAGGGUGUGCAUCAUUUGUCGGGUGCAGAGGAGGAGAACAGAAGUUGUUUUUCUCAGAGUCGUGCAGCGUGGGGAAUCUGUGCCAUGAAGUCAUGCACGCGUUGGGUCUGCACCACGAACACACCCGCAAGGACCGCGACGAGCACAUCACCGUGCAGUGGAAGAACAUCGAGCCAAGAAAGAAAAAAUACUUCAAGAUUAAAAAGGGGAGAACAUUUGGCAUUCCAUACGAUGUUGAGUCCAUUAUGCACUACGGGAAAUAUUUCUUUAGUUCAGGUACAGGCCCGACACUGUUGCCCAAGCAAAGCGCCGUCCACUUAGGUCAGAGGACUCACCUCAGCAAGCUGGACGCUCUGAGGCUCAACACUCUCUACCGCUGUGAGGAAAGGAGAAACUACCGGGCAAACCUUGAUGCAUUUUGAAGACUUCAUGCAGCAAUCAAUCACCAGAGAUCUUGUUUUGCUUUUUUGACAUUGUAUGAACUUGUUGGAAAAUAAAGAAUAUAUAUAU